AUGGAUAAAUAUAGGGAGCAAAAGAAAGAUCUGCACAUGGUGUUCAUUUACUUGGAGAAAGCGUAUGAUAGCAUACCACGACGCGUCAUCUGGGAUAGUAUCAAGGCUAGAGCUAUUUCUUCAGUCUACAUUGAGGCCAUACGGGAUAUGUUUGACAGAGUUUCGAUUAACAUUCAAACACCGGUGGGGAUAACAGAACCUUUUCCGGUUAAAGUAGGAUUACAUCAGGGAUCGACUCUAAGCUCUUUUAUUUUUACUGUCAUAAUGGAAGAGAUUUCUAAAUCUAUUUGGGAGACGGUACCUAUCGAUUAUUUGCAUUGUGACUUUAGUGGGACAUCACCGGUAGGUGAACUAGAGGUGUCCAUAAAUGAAACAGUUGUUAAGACUAGAACCAAGUACAAGUAUUUGGGAUCGAUCAUUCAAAGGGGUGGGAAGAUUGACGGGGAUGAUGAUGAUGAUGAUGAUGAGUACAAGAAAAUACAUGGAUUCUCCUCUCGGCGCUCGCUGCUCGAUUAUCCCUUCUGCACUCUCGCUGCUCUCCUAAACACUGCCGGGUUAAACAUUAGGGAUUCUAUUCUUGCUGGAUCCAUACAAAAUUCUGAUGGCAAGAAACCUUGA